AGAAACUGUCAAAACGUUAAAAGAAAGAAACGAUGUACUGACGCAAGAAUGCGCUUUAUUAAAGUCACAAAACGAGUCGCUUAUAAGUGAAACCAAAAAAUUGAGGAGAGAGAGGGAAACGAGUAAUAUGAGCGAGCAACUUUGUUCGUCAUGUCAGGCUCGUGUCGGUUGUCCUGUACCUUCACUGGGAUCUGCAGUAUCCCCACAAAACCCUCUGCCGCAGGGUGGGACAGUACAGUCGGCAUCGUCCCUGACGCUAACACCAGGAGCAGCCAUAUUGCUGAAGAUUAUGACCCUCUACCUCCUCUCGAAGAACUGUUUGGAGAUAUCCAAGGGGAUGAUUACAUCGACCGACUCGAAGAACUUGCAGAAAGCCUUCUUCGAGAAGUUACCGCAGAAGUGGAAGCAAAUUCUCAUAGAUCAAAUGAACAAGUGUCAGACGAAGAAAAUACAGUUAAAAAAUCUGACAAUUCAAAAAGAAUGGUGGGGCAGACAUCAAAAAAUGUGGAAGCCGAUACAAUCGCUGGUAGAAGCGUGAACGAUUACGAUACUUGGCAUCUUAACUGUAGCGCAGACGUCACGCAUGUUGUCCUAGAUAAUACACAAACGACACCGGUGUCUAUUAAAAAUGAAAUUGAAGUUAAACAAGAACCCGACUUGAACGAUAUGGAAACAGUAUAUGGUACCUACGACGAAAUAACAAAUUCUAUUACUAUUAUUUAUCCUGGCCAAGAAGAUAACGUAGGCAUUCAAGAAUGCGUGCAAGAGAUAAGCUCUGAUAAUGUUAGUCAUACUGAUGAUGUAACAUUGUUAACAACGCAUCACUCUUAUUCUGAUCAAUUUUCACCUGCUUACACGUGCACAGAUAUUAUGUCUCCUUCGAGUAUAUAUUCGGACAAUGUCGAUGCAUCUUCUUCAAUCAAAUCAGAUUCACAUUUUUCGGAUGGUGGUUAUGAAUCUCACAAUUCCCCUAGCGCAGACGUACACAAUAAAAAAGAUAAUAGUAGUAGUAGUAAUAAAAAUAAUAAAAAUAACAAUAAUAAUGUGUGUUUAACCGAUCUUUGGCACGAAAGUUUUACAGAAUUAUUUCCAAUGUUGGCUUGAAAAUCAAGCAAUUUAAAUAGAAAUUCUAUUAUUGCUUCAUCUCUCCAAUUCAAAAGUAAUGAAUUUAUAACAGAGACAUAUGAAUGGAUUAAAUUCUCUUCUUAUGUACGUUUGUAGUCUCUAUAUAUCUUGUCAUAUUGCACAAGAAGUAAUGUAGACAAAUCAUUCCAUAUAAUUCAUGGAACAGUAGUAGUAAAAAGCGUAUAUUGGGGGGAUAGUGAGAUUGUUAUACAUAUAUUUUUUAUAUGAAUUUGUAAAACCAAUUUCUUUUGUUUUUGGUUUUCUUUUUUAUACUUUCGAUGUUACACUUGACUAAUUAUUAAACUAGCAAUUUGGUACCUUCACUGUAUACUGUAUAUUAUUUUAUACACGUAUACACACUUUUAUCUAUUAAAAAAAAAAUAAUAUCUGUUAAAGUGUAUGUAUAUAUGUACAUACAUACAUAUAUAUAUAUAUAUAUAUAUAUAUAUAUAUAUAUAUAUAUAUACAUACACACAUAUAUAAUAUUUAUUAAAUAAUUAUUUAACGAGAUGUAAAAUGCAAGUACUUACUGUGCGACAGUAUGCCAAAUAAAUCGUGUAUACAAUA